AUGGUGUUUAACAGCAUGAUAUUACAACAGCCCAUUCAGGUGUCUGAGCUCCACGUUCACGAUACUCUCUACGAACCCUACGACAACGAAGAACCCUAUGAACCCUACGAGUCUUACCACUACGAGCCCUACGAGCCCCAGGAGCCCCAGGCAGGCCAGGAGCCCCAAAAGCUCCGUGUGCGCCCUAAGUCCCACGGCUCCCGCAAGGCCCACAAAUCUGGGCUGCCUCACGGCGCCGCCGUGACGAUCGCUCCGACUCCGGGGACCAGGAACCUGCCGCAGACUUCCCUGACUUACCCGAGCGAUCAUGGUUACUAUGAGUACGCAAGGAAAAGGAAGAGACUCCAAGAACUUUCUAAGCCUAAAAAACAGUGGGGAGCCCCAGAUAGAAAGCUGGCUUGGGGAAAUCAAGAUCCUAUUCGCCCUAUUAGCCAUGGUGCUUUGAAGAGUCAGAUGACCAAAAGACUCGAGAGCCUUGCCCAGCCCAAGGAGGUCUCCUUCAGAUACGUACCUAACAGGGCUCAGUAUCACUACAACUGUGGCAGAGGGUCUGCAAUCUGGGAUAUCCCUUUUCCUGUACUGAUGAGACGACCUUCCAAAAGGAUCCAGAGGCUGUCACAGCCCAACAGAUUCAGGACAAUACAGCUAAUAAACAGGUCCCUCAGUGAUUACAUAGCAAGAGGUUCUCUUCCAGUCUGCGCUCCUUCUCCCCGGAUAUUACGACUCUCGAUAGCCAAAGGCCUCAGUCCAGACUAUAUUCCUCCAAAAGAUAUUGAAACCAAGAUUUUAGCUCCUGCCCUGCAUGCUAUUGCAACUCCAAGAAUUAUAGACCUUGCCUGUCCAAAGAUCAAGAUAGAGGGUCUGUGCUAUCCAAGAGAAAAAACUGAUGUGCCCAUCCGUCCCAUAACCCAAGCUGCCUUGCUAACUACACCUAGCCCUCGAACAGUAUUUCUAGCUAAGGCCAAAACUCUUCAUCAAGAUUAUAUACCUCACCGUGACCCCUACUGGCCAGUCUCUUAUGCUGCUACACAUUCCAAAAUAUCUCCCAGAAUUGAAGAACUAGCUAAUCCAAGUGCAAGGACUCCUAUGCGCAUUGUGUACUACGAUCCAGAGGUCUUCAAAGUCAAGCCAGCUGCUCUGAAAGCACAAUGUUCUCCGAGGGUCCUGGAGUUGGCAGAACCUCAUACACGUUAA